CUUUUGCGACGCCUUACUCAAUUCAGAGCCUUAUUUGAAUUGAGUCCAUUUCAUAUUUAGUCAAGUAAAAAUUGCUUUAAUUUCAAAACUUUUAUUUUGACUGCUGCUUUGGGGAUGGGAUUGUUUCAUUUGACGUUUGUUUUAUUAUUAAUGCAUUUAAUGGUUGAUUUGAUCUUGUCUGCAAUGUGUAUUUUGAUUUAUUUUCUUUCAUUUAAUGUUUUAUUUUGUUUGAAGGCACCUUAUCCACAAAGCUUGUCCUACUUUAUUUUUAUUUAUUCCAUAGUUUUGCUUUUAUUUUAUUCUAUUCCAUUCCUUGUCUAUUAACUGUAUUAUCUGAAUUUAUUUUUUAUAUCUUAUUUUAUAGCACAUUGUACGCAAGGCGUAUUUUAUUUUCCUGACGUUUACUUGAUAUGAUGUUUAAUUUUAGGCAGCCUUUUCCACAAGGCUGAUUUCAUUUUAUUUUAUUUCAAACAAUAAAACAUUCAUACAAAAUUAUUUUGCAGAGGAGUUCUUUCUGGUUUGGUGCUGAUGUCAAGCUGAGCUGGAAAGAACCUAUUUGGACGACUUAACUGACACCACCUUCUCUGAGGUAUUCCCCUGGAUGUUACUCAACCCCCCCCCCCCCCUCUCUCUUGGGUCUGGAUGUGGCAGACAGUUACAUUAGUGGUGGAUUCAGUUGAAGGAAUUUGGGCGUCCCUCAGGGUACACUACUGCACCCCAUGUCAUUGGAUUCCAAGGUGAGUAUUUGUACCUUUUGCAAGUUUGAAAAAUAUUUACUUUCAAACAAUAAUUGCAAGCAGUAUGUUUUCAAGUACAAACAUGAUCUUUGACCUCUCAAGAUGCAAAUGAUGAUUUUUUUUUACUCAGUAGGCCACACCCCGUCCAUGAAAAAGGGCACUCCGGCGAGUCGGCGGUCUCACUCAAGUGCAUCAUGUCCCUCGCCGAGGCCAACCUGGGCUCGCUCUUGAGAGGUCUUCGCACGGACAUCGCCAUGGCCGUGCACGACGCCUUCCCUCUGGUUCACGGCUUGGCUGACAAGAACAUCAUCAGUGAGCAGAUGCUGAAGGACAUGGAGGCGGAGGCACGGCGAGACGGGAUCCACAAGGCCGUGUACUCUCUGCUCUCUUGGGUAUUGGAGCAGAGCGCCUCCACCAUCAAGGCCUUCUGGAGGAACCUGAACAAGGCCUAUAACCUGGACAGCUACCCCAAACUGCAAGCAUUGCUCCACAAAGCCACAGGUGAUGGCAAGAGAAAAAAGAGGCGCCGCGAGGACAGAGAAGAUCAAUAUCGCGCCAAGACGAGCACUGGAACUGCAGGUUCCUCCAAAAAGUGCAUCAAGCCGCCAGGAGACUUUUACAAAUCCAAAGCUGUCAUGGCAACCUUUCAACACCAGAGGGAGACAAUAGCAGCCUCUGGACAGAACCAUCACAACGACGACGAUUGCGCCGUGUGCAAAGAUGGAGGCGAGUUGAUCUGUUGUGACGGAUGUCCUCGAGCGUUCCACUUAACCUGCCUGGACCCUCCGCUGGCAUCUGUCCCGAGUGGUUCUUGGUGUUGUAAAGACUGCAGCGGCACAGGGCACCAAGUACAGAAAAGCCAACAUGCUUUGCAAUGGGCAGACUCGUGUGGUUUUUGUCACCUGGGAGGAGAGGACCUCAGUCGCUGCCUCCAGUGUUCCCAGCCUUACCACCACCACUGCCACUUCCCGCUCGGGCCAUCCAUCUGUCUGUCAUGCUCCAUCGCAAAGGAAGCCGACACCAAAUCUUUACCACAGCUUCCUGCAUCGGUCCAUAAUCCAUGUGACCACGAACAGAACUCAUCUGUACACAAAGACCAAUUGGAUGAAUUGGACUCCAUCCUUGGAGACGCGUCCCUGGAUGGCCUCCUGCAAUGGGCUUUUCACAACAUCCCUCAACCUCUUCACGGAGGCUAUCAGUGACUUGGAAUCAAUUUUGACAAUGACUGCUGACAACAAUUUAGUCAUUGUGCAAAAUAACGACAAAUGUCUGUUUUAGAUUUUGGAUGAGAAAUUCUGCAAUAGAAGAAAUUGAAGUCUCGAAGCAUGUUUUUAGCAAUUUAUUUUUGCAGCGUGGUAUGUUUGAUUCGAGUCUCAAUUGGGUUGGGGUCAGGGGGUGCCGCCGGCCGUAUCUGCUUAAAGAAUUGCUUCCCUGCCAGGAGUUGCCAUUGGAAGUUGUCCUGGCGCCCGGAUGGCAGUUGCACAAUCUAGCGUUCAGCAAAUUGCCACUCACAUGGCAGGCAACAGAUGGUUUUAAUACGGUGAGGUAUGAACGUACUGGAUGCCUCCAUCACGCGGGAAUUCCUCCAAGACUCCGAUGUGGGAUUUUGUUUUUGUCAUGCGAUUUCCAGAGCUUUAGCCUGACAUUUUUACACCACUCGGUAUAUGCGAAACAUGCGAGGCCAGAAAGGAGAGAUCAUCGGAUGGCGUCAGAAUAUGGAGCAAGUAUGCACUCGAUCCCUCAGUUCAGGCCAAAGAGCCGCCAUUGCAGCUGCGUACCAAACAUCUGCUAACAUACUUCUUGGCUGCCAAACUGCUGCUGCUGCUGCUGCUGGAAUGCAACAACAUUUUGCAAUGACUUUUACUUUGUGAGAACUUAAUAGCAUCCAUUUUUAUUUGCAUGUAUACCUUUAAGUAGAAGUAAAGAAUGAAAACAGUUAGUGCACCAAAGGUCAUUUCUUUACUCUGCUCUUUCUGCUGUGUACAACCUGGCCUCCGGGGGCAGUCCAACACAACCGUGCUGUCAUGAUAUUUUGGCUUUGAAUUAGUUUUUGUAGUUGUGCCGCUGUUUCUUUUUUCCACGUCUGUCUCGUGAGGUCAUUGUUUCAUGGUUUCCACCUGGCCUCUUAGGCCCUUGUGUUUUCCUAUCAGCUCCCUCAGCCACUUGUGCCUUGUCCAGGUGUUUCUCAAUGUUUUUAGUUCCCUGCCUUCUUUUCAGCUUUCAGUCACACACUUAAUCUGUUUUGAGCUCAGUUUUACAGAGAUAAAAAUAUGUCUUAGUGACAUGACAAAGUAAGUCCCGAUGACUUGUGUUUUUGACAAGAUUUGACAAAUUCGGUUUCUUUUUUUUAAUGACUUUUUUUCUCUGCUGCAAAAGCAGUGUCGCUGAACGGUUUUCGAGGCUCUCACACAUUUAUUCACAAACUCUCACUCUAGUUCAUAUUUGUAAACAACCAUGUUGUGUCCAAAACAUAAUUUGUGAUUAAAAAUGAAAUGGAGCACUGUCUUCUACAAAGCGAGCAGAUGGACUCGGAACCAAAGCUGUCUACAAUUGAUGAGGAGGAAUUUGCUUCGAAAGCAGGUAAAGACAAGUUUGUAAAGUUUCAGCUUUUCGUUCAACUACCGUUGUUUAAUGUGAUUUCAAAAAGCACAUUUGUGCAAGUAAAGGUCUCCAGCCUACUUGACGCCUUGUAGCCAUUUACAGUGAUGUUGUCAAUAGAAGUGCCUGGCCAC